AUGUUCUCCAUGUCUACACGGUUGCUUCUUUUGGCAGUGGCGGUAGCGGCCUUCCUUGAUGUUGAAGAUGAUUUCGAAAACAAUGCAACUGCCAAAGUCUUACCAAACCGGAUGGUUUAUGAUGGAGUUUUUCAGCUAGGAGUGACGAAAGUUGCGGGAGUUCCAAACGUUCGAAAACGACAAUCCAAGUCAAAUUUGGCGAACCCUUACAUUGGAGAUAUUUAUAUGAUCACCGUACAGAUUGGGUAUCCUCCACAGUCUAUAACCCUCAGUAUCGAUACAGGGAGCAGUGAUGUUUGGGUGAAUCCGCAGUGCGCUACCUCGGGGUGGGCAUCAUUUUGCGCCGGUUAUCCUCAGUAUGAUCCUACGAAAUCUACAUCUUUCGUACCGUUGAGUCAAGCCUUAAAUAUAGCAUAUGGUAUAGGUGCAGUCACUGGAGCUUAUGCGACGGACAAUUUUAUGAUGGGGUCAGGUCCGACCCUUAAAAAACUUCAGUUCGGUGUUGCAUCAGGUAGUAAUCGAAUGUUUGCGGGUAUAAUGGGUGUAUCCUGGGGGCUUGGCCUUGGAACUGGUUAUUACAAUAUUAUUGAUCAACUCGCCUUGCAAGGUCUGACAAAAACUCGCGCAUUUGCUAUUGACUUGGGCAAUGUUGAUACAGCUUCAGGCUCCAUUAUCUUUGGCGGUCUCGAUACAAAGAAGUACUACGGUUCACUCAUUAAAAAUCCCAUUAUACCAUUUUAUCAAAGUCCUGAUGGGUAUCCAAGAUACUGGAUCAAUAUGACGUACUUUGGUAUUACAUUUCCAGGUCAGCUACCGACGAAUUUGACAUCUCCCGGUUAUGCGAAACCCGUCAUUGUUGACUCCGGAAGUACAUUGAGUUAUUUGCCACCUUCACUUAUCAACGCCAUGCUCCCUUAUUUUCCAGGAUGGGUCAGUAAAGGAGGUGGCCUCUACACUAUUCCUUGUAGCUUCAGAAAUAUCGCAGGGACGAUGGAUUUCGGAUUCGCGGGGCAGAUUAUCCGGAUCCAAUUAGCUCAAUUUAUAUGGUUCAAUGGUGCUACAUGCUAUGGACCAAUUGCCAAUGCUGCCGAAAAGACGGAUGUGAUUUUAGGAGAUACCUUCAUGAGAGGUGCUUAUGUGGUGUUUGAUCAGGACAACGCAAAUGUCCACAUUGCACAAGCUGCGAGUUGCGGAUCGAAUGUUGUACCCAUUACUUCGGGUACCGAUGGAGUUCCUUCAAUGACAGGAGGUUGCCCGAGUCCAGCAUUUUCUUAUGGAACAUCAUCUUAUACGGUUAGUAGUUGUCUGAAUCUUUCGCAAUAA